CAUAAUUGUAUUUAUUCUUCCCCUCCUUUGUUCCUCCUCCAGAUUCUUACACACUACUAAGUAAUCCCAACCCCAGAUGUCCUAAUCUUACCCGCCUUUCCUUGGCUACUUAUACUUACCUACUGACCUACCUAUCCACCCCCUCCAUUAUACCAAAUAGAAAGUCAUGUCAGCGCCAUACCCCACAUCUUCCGGCGAACUCCCCUUCGACGCCCCUGGCGCGGGGAAGCCCUGCAAGACAUGGUACACCACCAUCGGGGACCUGUCAUCAACUCCCCAAAAGCCAGUCCUCAUCGGCAUCCACGGCGGUCCCGGAUCCGGGCACGACUACCUCCUCGGCCUCGCAGACGUGUACGCGCAGCGUGGCGUCCCCGUUCUCCUGUACGACCAGAUCGGGUGCGGGCACUCGACGCACCUGCGCGAGAAGGCCGGGGACGCGAGCUUCUGGACGGUGGACUUGUUCCUGCAGGAGCUCGAGAACCUCGUCGCGCAUCUCGGCCUGCACGACCGCGGCUUCCACCUCCUCGGCCAGAGCUGGGGCGGCAUGCUGGUCUGCGAGUACGCGAGCCGCAGGCCCAAAGGCCUCAGGCGCGUCGUCAUGUCCGGCGCGCCGGCGAGCAUGCCGCUGUACAAGCAGGCGUGCCAGCUGAGACUCGCGGAGAUGCCGGGGGAUGUUGCGGCGUCGCUGGCGGAGUGCGAUAGGAAGGGCGACCAUGAGAGCGAGGCGUUCAAGAAGGCGGCGGCGGUGUUCAUGAAGAACUUUGUGUGUAGGUUGGAGGAUAUACCGGAGCCGCUGCAGAGGACGUUUGGGAAUGUUAAGGAGGACUCGACGGCGUAUAAUACUAUGCAAGGCCACGCGGAAUUCGAAACGAUUGGCACGCUGAAGGACUGGGAAGGGUGGCGGUACGCGCACCAGAUCGAGGUCCCCACGCUGCUGCUCAACGGCAAGUACGACGAGGUCAUGGACUUCGUCAUGGAGCCCUUUUUCCGCGUCAUCAAUAAGGUCAGGUGGGUGACGCUCCCGAACUCGAGCCAUGUGUCGAUGUGGGAGGACCGCGAGAGGUACAUGCAGCUUGUUGGGGAUUUUCUUGAGGGUGCGUAAGUUGUGAGUACCUAGUGAGUGGGCAAGCGAAAGGCAAAGGGGAGCGGUUGAAGAAAGUGUACUCUUAUUGAAGUGAAUAUAAGGUUCUGACAAGAUGAGUAAUGAAGUUCUCGUAACUGUCAUUUCACACAUAUAUGUAGGCGCUGUACCUAGGCCAGA